AAGCCCGGCCCUCCGCGCCCCCUGGCCCGGCCCGGCGCCCCGGCCCUGAGCGCGCCCCCAUGGAGGCGCCCGGGCUGGCCAAGGCGGCCGCGGCGGACGCCGACCCGCGAGGGAGCCCGCAGGAGACCCCCGACGGAGCGCCCGCGCACGUCCCCGGCCCCGAGGCGCCGGAGCCGGAGCCUCCCGCCUACCGCCUGCAGGACUUCGACACGCUGGCCACAGUGGGCACAGGGACGUUCGGCCGCGUGCAGCUGGUCCGGGAGAAGAAGGCCAAGCAUUUCUUCGCCCUGAAGGUGAUGAGCAUCCCGGAGGUCAUCCGCCUGAAGCAGGAGCAGCACGUGCACAACGAGAAGUCCGUGCUGAAGGAAGUCAGCCACCCCUUCCUGGUCAAGCUGUUCUGGACGGGCCACGACGACCGCUUCCUGUACAUGCUGAUGGAGUUCGUGCCGGGCGGCGAGCUCUUCAGCUACCUGCGCAACCGGGGCCGCUUCUCCGCCACCACCGGGCUCUUCUACUCGGCGGAGAUCGUGUGUGCCAUCGAGUACCUGCACUCCAAAGAGAUUGUCUACAGGGACCUCAAGCCGGAGAACAUCCUGCUGGAUAGGGACGGGCACAUCAAGCUCACCGACUUCGGGUUCGCCAAGAAGCUGGUGGACAAGACGUGGACGCUUUGCGGGACCCCCGAGUACCUGGCCCCGGAAGUCAUCCAGAGCAAGGGCCACGGUAGAGCUGUGGACUGGUGGGCGCUUGGCAUCCUGAUAUUUGAGAUGCUCUCGGGGUUCCCUCCGUUUUUUGACGACAACGCGUUUGGCAUUUAUCAAAAAAUUCUUGCGGGCAAGAUCGAUUUCCCCAGACAUUUGGAUUUCAGUGUCAAAGACCUCAUUAGGAAGCUGCUUGUCGUCGACAGAACCAGGCGGCUGGGGAACAUGAAGAACGGGGCCGAGGACGUCAAGCGGCACCGGUGGUUCCGGACGGUGGACUGGCAGACUGUGCCGGAGCGGAAGCUGAAGCCCCCCAUCGUGCCUAAAGUCUGCGGUGAGGGCGACACCUCCAACUUUGAAGCGUAUCCUGAAAACGACUGGAACACAGCCCCUCCAGCGGCACAGAAAGACCUGGAAGCCUUCAAGAAUUUCUGAGGACGGGAGCCCACCUCUGGAAGAAAGGGAGGAGGCUCAGAGGCUGCCUGGAACCAGGUGGCUGGCCCAGGGCGCAGCGAUCGGAGCAUCUUGUUCAUCGGAUACGGACAUUCCCCCGCGGCGAGACGCCCCGGAUGCCGAUAGAGAGAUGGCAGAGCCGUUCACGUUCCCGGACGCGGCACGAUUUAAAGCACCUGGAAAUCGACGGCACAGUAGGACGAUUUGAAAAAUGCGUUGUAGAUUUUGUCUUCUUUUAGCUUUGGGUUCCUACUGUGAUACCUUGAUUUUUUUUUUUUCCCCCCAUAGACAGGACUUUAUACGUGUGAGCGGACCUGCUCCGAUAGAACCAGAAAGCGUGUGUGCGUGAGUGUGCGUGUGAGCGCGGGCGCCUGUGUGUCUAAAACAAGGACGGUGUUCCUAGAGCAUGGAAAUCAGGCAUCCAUGUGUCUGGUGGUCCUUUUUCCUGAGCCUGUGAUGUUUAUGCUUCAGAUUUUCUUUUCUUUCUUUUUUUUUUUUUUUCCAAGCAUCUAUGCUCUUGGGGACAACAUGUCGAAAGUACGAUAUGGGCAUUUUUUUCAUUCAUCUUAAGUCCAUUUGAUGGUUGUCCGUGACGAAGAUAAUAUCCACGCAGCAUCUUUUUAAUGCUUUCUGUCCAGUAGCCUUCGGGCUUGAACGCAGAAGGGUUUCCCCGGAAGGAUAUGUGAGCUGGAACAUGAGGGCAGGACUAGCCAUUGGUCGGGAGUGUUAGUCCAGCAUCUUCUCUGUCCCUGAAAAAGAUUUCGUACGCUGGAGAGAACUGGCUCCAAGUUAAGAAGGCAGCCUGGAUGCCUUGACCAAAGGGCAUCCCCCAGAGCAGACGGGCCGCCAUCCCCCAGCUCAGUUCAUGCCAAGGUGCUCCCUUGCCCUUGGUUUGGGGGAAACGCCUCCAGGCUGGACACGCUGGACCCUUGCUCACUGCUGCUUCGUCUCGUGGCUCCGUGCUGACCUUCAGCCUGAGUUCCUCGGUUCCCCUCUGACUGAACAGACCCGGGGGGCUGGCUCGUGCAGAAUUCGCGUUCUCUUGGAAUCCUGAAGGGUUUCCUCGGCUCUGUCCUUCGUGGAGUCUGGACUUCACCAAAGCUGGGCGUCGGGGGAGAGGGGUGGUGUGGCGGGUGUCGCGGGUUCCAUGUGCAUCUUCCUGGGGGCAGGGGGGUGGGGGGGCGGGAAAGGACCUCAGGGUCCCUGCUGUGUCUGUCUUUCCUUUCCUGCUCUCCGCUCGGGCUUCUGCUUCCUGAUGCUGAACUUGGCUGGGCCGCCUCGAGGGGCCGCAGCUCACCUGGGAGGACAGGGUUGCUCGAGCCUGUUGUGUGUCUCUGUGGCCCUGGGGCUCCACUGUGCCCUUCCCUGUGGAGCUCUGCACACCAGUUCCAGAACCUUCCCUGCCCGACGCCCCGGCUGUGCCGAGUAGACCUCUGCAACCCUUUCUGCAUUCUUCUUCUUCCUGUCAGGAGAGCUCCGUGGGCAGCUGGUGGGGGCUGUGUCUCCCUGGGGGGGUAUGAGUCAAGGUGAGGGGACCCCCGGCCCCUUCGGCUCCGGUGGUGUUGAGUCACGUGGCAGUUUCUUUGCCAUCAAUUUUGUCUUUCCUUGGCCGGGCCAGGAAGGCGCUCGUUCACCUGUCUCUCCUGCAGGUGCAUCUAGGGCUCUGGGUCCCUGCUGCUCAGAAAACACAUGUUUGUGUUUGAAAAGGAGCACACGUCUCAAGGGAAAGGCAGGCCCCUGUCCGACUCGGCCAGAUGGCACUCUCUAAUCAGAAAGCCAGGGCUGUGUGCACCCCGAGGCCACAUAGACAGAAACAACACCUGUCACUGCUUUCCGCCCCGGGCAGCCGUCCGUCAGGCGCCUUGGCCUCAAGGAGCCCUUCUGCAAAGAGCAAUCCCCUCGUCGCGGAGAGCGAGUCCAGGAUGGAGUGAGCAGCUCAAGAAAAGAUGGUUUGCCAAGGCUGCACUUGGGUGAAUCUUGCCACAGACCCGUGUUCCAAUCUGUGCCUUUUGGGUCAAGCCCAGGUGUGGCGUUGGGGUAACAGUUUAUGCUGCAGUUUCUGAACGGAAGGUGAGAAGGUUUGAUCGGCAAAGGGAGCGAGCACGGAGUCCCGAGGAGAAGCACGUCUGGGGCCCUCGGACUGUAAAAACACACCGUUCUUUGUAUUUUGGAGUCUUCCGCUUGAAGACAAUAAAAAAGAAAUGAAACGCCCUUCUUGAACCCAAGACCCAAUUGUACAUACACAUGGCGAGCCCUGUGCAUAUUUCUUGGCCUCCUUCUUCCUGGCCAGGCUGGACUCUAGGAGGUGAAAAUAGCCCCAGGAUGCCCGAAAAUGCACGGCCUUUCAUGUCCACAGACGGGUGGGAAGAACAGAAAUUCGGAGGCCUUGGCGACUUGGUCGUUAAAAAAAGGCAUGGUCAUUGGCCGUCCGCCAUGCAAAACAGAUCGAAGAUUCAAAGGAAUUCCAAGAAUCCCUGCUGGGAUUCUCUCGCCUUAGAGCCGUUCUUCCCAGUUUCAUCAUCCCAAGCGUUAUCUGCCUGGGGCUGGGCUGUAAUUUUCAUGGUCUGAUGUAAUGCAGGGAUGAUGGCAUCGAGAUGUGCUGUGAACACACGGCGGGCUCACGACAAACGAGCAAAACCCAAUCACCCUGUGGGCGGGUUCUGAACGGUUCCCGCGUCCGCUCAAAAAUAAUCAGGGUGCAAAGGUUUGGAAGAAAAUGCCCGGCACUCCCCACAACAUUCCGAGCCAGAAUAGGACAGAUUGUCUUGUCUUAGGCAGUUUGACAGGUUGGCGGCGUUGCCCUGGAUGAGAACGCGAUUUGAAACGUCUUUCAGGAAACAGCAGAGAUGGCAAGAGGCGGCCCGAGGUGGGUCUCCUUUCGCUAAGGGGAUGGAUGGCAUCUCUACAGCCACAAGGAGGUAGACCCACAGCUGGUCGGCCGGGUGUGGCACCAUGGUCACGGGCCGAUGUCCAGCUCCUUCGCUGCCCACCUCAGAAUCCCCUGCUCAGCAGGAGCAGAUAGGUCUCCAGCAGUGGCAAAAGCGUGACGUCUGCUGCGGACACGUGAGAAUGUGCAAAGGAACCCCCAGCGACCAGAUCCCGAGGGUUCAUGUCACACCCUCCUGCUGCUUUGACACCGCCCCCUGUCCCAUCCUGCUCCUGGAGCAGAUGCGCCAUCUGCUGUGUGGCAGCGCCUGCUGCCGUGGUUUUGUUUCCUUCGGUCCGUCUGGGCAUCGGGACUAACCUGCGGCCGGUCCCAGGGGCCCCCAGAGCGCUGAGCACGUGAGGGCUGUGACGGGCAUGUGCUGGUUCUGUGGACCACCCAGGAUGCCUCUCCAUCCGGAAUCACUUUCACCAGGAGCCGUAGCCCCAUCCCGUUCAGGAAACUCCUGGGCAACCGCUCAGGAGGCCCUGCAUGCAGGCUGCCCACAAUCUCAUCAAAAUCUUUGCUCUGGUUUUGGGUACAGGGAAGGUGGGAUUUUUUUUUUGUUUUUCUUCCAGCCCUUCAGGAAACUGACUCCAUCCUAGAAGCCCUUGGUGGCUCCCCAUGGAGAUUUGAAAUGGAACGCCUGCAUGGCCCUUUCUUCCAGAGGUCCAUGUCCCCACCGUGCAAUUUUGCAGCCCUUGGGCGCAUCCUAGAUACUGGAUCCUGACGCCUGGUUUCUGAGCAAUGAGUUCAAUGCCAGUGAAUGUUGUUGACCUACCAAAAACAGAGAGAAAAGCACAUACACAGUUGUCUUCAUAAUUUUUUGGUGUGUGUGUGUGUGUGUGCGUGUGUGUGUGUGUGUGUGUGUGUGUGUGUGUCUUGGUGGAGGUCGAGGGCAGGGGGAUGCCUUCACCAAGCAUCCCGUGUACACAGCAGGCUGGCUUUUGCUGACCCCGGGGCGUUGCCUCCCAGGGCGCCGUCCCUCCGCAUCCAAAGGAGAUGCUCUGUCCUGGUUGCCUCCAAACGGUGGUGUUUUGGGACUUUUCUGUUGAUCUUCUGUUGGGUCUUCCGAGGUGGACGCCUCUGUGAUUGAAGUCAGAGUCGUGACAGGUGUGGUUUUGCACGUGGGAUGUGAAGUUUUUCCACUUGCAGCCUGUCGUUCCCGGCGGCCGGUCACUCUGGGAACCCCGCCAGGUCAAUAGCUUUUGUGGAUGGGCAAAAAGAAAAAGGAAAAAAAAACACAAAAAAACCCGAAAAACAAAAAGCCUGUUUCUAACCCUGUCAAUUCCUUGCACAAUGAAAAUCACUGUGAUUUGUAUAUAUACUCUAGGAAAAUUUUACUGCUGUCUAAUUUAUGGAAUAAUGCUAUUGAUUCUAGGUUUGUUUAAUAAAACUUUGUAUCUUUUACGAUAAA